GGCAAUUGAGCUUUAGGAGUCUCGUGGGGGAGAUGAUAAGUCGAUCGCAGGGGCUGGGGCCUCACCGCCCGAGCUGCCGCGUUGUGAGCUUCUGCCUGUGUUCAUGAUAGCAUCACCUCUACUUCUUCCCUUAACCUCCCUCUUCUCCUUGCCGUUUUAUCUGGUUUAUUGAAGUCAUCUGUCUACUUUUUCUAUUUUCUCUUGAACACAGCACAAAAUGGUCGCCCCUCAUGGAACAUCAGGAAUGCUCGGUGAAGAUGGCAUUCACGUCGACAUGAACCACCUGAAGUCUGGCGAGGUCAACUUGGGAACCUCGAUCAUGGCUAUCAACUUCAAAGACGGAGUCAUCCUGGGUGCAGACAGUCGAACAACCACCGGUGCCUACAUUGCCAACCGAGUCACCGACAAAUUGACACAGGUGCACGACACCAUCUGGUGCUGCCGAUCGGGUUCCGCCGCAGACACCCAGGCCGUGGCCGACAUUGUCUCCUACCAUCUCAACAUGUACGGCGUAACGAACGCCGAGCCCCCCACCACACAGGUUGCUGCAUCACUCUUCCAGGAAUUGUGUUAUGAGAACAAGGACGCGCUGAGUGCGGGUAUCAUUCUUGCCGGGUGGGAUGCACGACACGGAGGUCAGGUGUUCUCGAUACCGUUGGGAGGAUCCCUUCACAAGCAGUCGUUCGCUAUCGGCGGUUCCGGCUCGACCUACAUCUACGGUUAUACCGAUGCCCACUGGCGGGAACAGAUGACUGAGGAAGAGGGUAUUGAUUUCGUGCGGAGUGCUUUGCAGGAGGCGAUUAAGUGGGACGGUAGCUCCGGUGGUGUGAUUCGUCUCGUGGUCCUCACCAAGGCCGGUGCCGUGAGACAUCUCUACCUGCCGGACAACGGCUACACUGGGCCGGGAGUGACGAAUUAAUAAGUGUUCUAAUAUUGCGUCAAUCUCCAAAUGAAAUGGUUUCAUGAUCUCAGUUCUCCGGUCUUUGCAUUCUGCUAUGCGGCCCCCCCCACCGGGGAUAUACUGCGUCUGAGCGCCAAUAUGACAAGUCUGACACUAGUCCACGGGUGCUGCCAUACCCCCACCUUUAUCAUCGGGCUAUGUAGGGAGAAAAGGACCGAGCAGAUCAAGAAGGAUUAGAUCGGAAGUCCUCGGCCAGCAGGUUAUUGGAUCAUAACGAGUGAUAUACUUGAAUGGACCGGGAAUAACACCGGAUUUAUGUACCCUGGUCUAUUAUAUCAUGGAAUGAGUUGACU